UCAUUGAUUUGCAUGUAUUAAGGAAGAGUGUGGCAGCAUUUAAAAAGUGUAUUCAAUAUCUAAGCAGUUUUCAAUUUGCUGUUAGGUAAUGAGAGGACCAAACACGUGCACACUAUCACUGAAAAUAAUUGGAAAAUGUAGAAAAAGUACUCUUCCAUUUUAAAAAAAAAAGGCUAUUCCAUAGUAUUGCUCAAAUGUUUACACAAACGCUGUCUCCUAAUUAUCAUCGUCAGCUCUGAAUAAUGGAAUAGUUCGACAUUUUGGGGAAUAUUCUUACUCCCUAAAAGGCUUAGAGUUGAAUACAAAGAUUGACAUGACUCUCAUGUUCAUGCAUUAAGUAUGUAGCUGGAACCAGGAAGUACCUCUAACGUUAACUAAUUUGAGGUCACACAUGCACCCUCCCACUCUUCAGAAAGAAACAGUUAUGACUCGUUAGUGGCCUGGCUCUCUCCACAGCUGACUGGUGUGUUGGAGCCGUGGUGCGUGACGGGUCAGUCUAUUACUGUACUUCCAAAAGCACACUUGCUCAGAGGUUCCCUGUUGAGACAGAAAUGAACCUGCCGUCCAAAGAGGAGUGCGAAGGAUGGGACCAGGCUCAAGUAGCCUUCUUUAUGUGCAAGAACAAAAUGCAAGAGUGUGCUGUCACCAUCAACAGACUGAAAAUGACUGGACAGAAAUUUCUGAAUCUGUCUGAAAGCGACUUGAGCAAGUUCAGUCUCAUCCACCAACCGCAGAUUCAGAAGAUUGUUCAAGACAUCAAGAAAAAUGACGGCAGCUUACUGAAUAAACUAAGAAGACUGAAAAGCAAACCACUUCCAAAAGUACCUGCAAGAGAUUACAGAGAUGAAGACAGGGAGGGUGAUGAACAGCUGUCUGACCCUGAUUAUGAUAAUGACAUGUAUGAGGAUCUAUCUCGGGACCAGGAUGACAGCUAUGAGCCUCCUCCCAGCCACAGAGUCUUCAACACAGCUUCUUCAGCUUCCCUACCAAGAGGGGAGUAUCUUGACAGCUGCCGUAACCGGCCAGACCGGCCACCCAGGAAGCCCCUCCGCCCAGGCAAAGCCUCCAGGCAACUGCCCCCUGAACCCACCCACGUGGGGAGUGAUGAAGAAGACUACAUUAGUCCCGAUGGCAGUAACGAUGAUGACAACUAUAUUGAACCUUCAGAGAAUCCACCUUCUAAUCCUAUGAUGCAUGGUGGACACAGAGCAGGGAGGGACCGUCCCAUGUUGCCUACACCUUUACCAGAGCGUCCACCCAGUCCUGAUUUUUAUGAAGUUCCUGACAAUGAGGGGAAAUCAUUGCCUCUUCCAGCAAGCAGACUGUGUCCAAUCCCCACACAACAAUCACCUUCUUUACCACCAAAACCCAGCCCCAGAAUGAAUAGGAGAUCUCCCACUGUUGUCCAGGAGCCUACAGAUGGUGAUGAAUAUGAAGUGUGUGAUCCAGAUGAUAGUUCCAGUGAUAAAUCUGCAGAGGGACCUCCUCGACCUCUACCUAAACCUUUGCCUAGAGAGAGGUCACCAAAACCACCUUUAAGGCCGAGGCCAGACUUAAAACCCAGAGAAUUUGAAAGCCGAACGCUGCCUUUGAUUCAAACUGAGCAGAAACCUCCUCCAAGAGCAUUCACGCUGGACUUGAAACGACCAAAGAUCCCCCUUCCACAUUUUACCUCCCCCAGACAAACUGACAGAGGAAGUGUUUCUAAUGAAAAUGGGUCAACAGACCAAGAUAAGGACGCAGAUGUCUAUAAGAAACCAUGGUAUGCCAGUGCAUGUGACCGCAAGACUGCUGACGAUGUCUUGGUUCGCUCGAAUAAAGACGGGGCGUUUUUGGUGAGGAAGAGCUCCGGUCAGGAUGUACACCAGCCCUAUACAUUAGUGGUGUUUUAUAAGGGCAGAGUGUACAACAUCCCAAUCCGCUUUAUACAGACAACUCAGCAGUACGCGCUGGGGAGAGAGAAGAAAGGAGAGGAGUAUUUCAGCAGUGUCUCCCACAUCAUCGAGAACCACCAGAGGAACCCUCUGGUGCUGAUUGACAGCCAGAGUAACACCAAGGACGCCGCCAAGCUGUGCUACCCUGUGAAGCCCUAGAUGAGCCUCACUGAUAGACUACAGCGAACAGCUGAAUGUCUGGACUCAUGCAUCCCAUCCCGCUGUGUUCACAGAACUCAUUAUCUGACACUUUCCCCUCUAAUCUUUGUUAAUCUGAGGUCCUGUCAGCGGGAUUGUAUACUGGACUAGUCUGCAGUGCUGGCAAUGCAGAGCUAAAGCAGCACUGACUCAAAAGACUUUGAACUCCUGCUUUUAUUAAGAUGUUUUUUUAAAUGCUCA